GGCCUUAUUCUGUGGAUUUACAUAAGGCUCCCAUCAGCCGGCCCACUCAUUACCAUGUUUUAUAUUCCCCUGCGCUCAGAAAGCAUCAUGGCAAAGUAGCUCCAUCCUCCCCUCCUACAGGGAAGUGAAGCAGCUUCUCGGAGCAGGUGUCAGCAGUGAACUUCCCGCAACACCGGACCAGAGAGGAGAAAAGGAACUUUAUUAUUAUUAUUUUUUCUUUUAAACCUAACUUUUUUUCCCCACUCUGCUCCGGCGCGCGCACAGCAGGCCUAUAUGUUUUAAUGUUCUCUAAAAUGGUAUCCAAGCUGACAUCCCUGCAGCAGGAGCUCCUCAGCGCCCUGCUGGACUCAGGAGUUACCAAAGAUGUUCUGAUCCAGGCCCUGGACGAUAUGGACCCCAGCCCGCCGGGCUUUGGAGUAAAACUGGAGAGCCUGUCCAUGUCUCCCGCUCCUCCUCAGAGCGGAAAGAUGAACGGGGCGGACGUCGACUCGAAGCCCGUCUUCCACACGCUCACCAACGGCCACAGCAAGGGCAAGCUGUCCGGGGACGAGGGCUCCGAGGACGGGGACGACUACGAUACCCCGCCGAUACUGAAGGAGCUCCAGUCGCUCAACACCGAGGAGGCCGCCGAGCAAAGGGCGGAGGUGGACCGCAUGUUGGCAGAGGAUCCGUGGCGUGCUGCCCGCAUGAUCAAAGGUUACAUGCAGCAGCACAACAUCCCCCAACGGGAGGUGGUGGACAUCACGGGGCUGAACCAGUCUCACCUCUCCCAGCACCUCAACAAGGGCACGCCCAUGAAAACACAGAAGCGAGCGGCCCUCUACACCUGGUAUGUCAGGAAACAGCGGGAAAUUCUCCGACAGUUCAACCAAGCAACACAAGGUUCUGGCAGCAAUAUGACAGACAAAGGCAAUCAGGAUCCGGUGUUUUUUUUCCCAGAGUUCAACCCGUCCAGUCAGGGCAUGGGUGUGCCUGGUGACGAGGUGGGCAGUGAACCCUCCUGCAAGAAAAUGAGACGUAACCGUUUCAAGUGGGGGCCCGCAUCCCAGCAAAUCCUGUACCAGGCCUACGAGCGGCAGAAAAACCCCAGCAAGGAGGAGAGGGAGGCUUUGGUAGAAGAGUGCAACAGGGCCGAGUGUCUUCAGCGAGGCGUCUCCCCCUCCAAAGCGCAGGGCCUUGGCUCCAAUCUGGUCACAGAAGUGCGGGUCUACAACUGGUUUGCCAACAGGCGCAAGGAAGAAGCCUUCAGGCAGAAGCUGGCCAUGGACGCCAUUGCUGCGCCGACCCACACUAUCAACCCUCUGCUGUCGCACAGCUCGCCGCACCACCCCCAGACCAGCGCUUCACCCCCCAUGCGUUACAGCCAAGGCCCCGGUGAGGUCACCUCCUCCACGACCAUCAGUCACCACAGUAGCAACGCCAUGGCGACCAGCCAGUCAGUGCUCCAACAGGUGUCUCCGGGGGGACUGGACCACAGCCACAGUCUGCUGUCACCUGACGCCAAAAUGAUUUCCGGCUCAGGUGGAGGACUUCCUCCAGUCAGCACGCUGACCAACAUCCACAGUUCCCAUCACAGUCACCAGCAGACACAAAACCUCAUCAUGCCUCUAUCUGGAGUCAUGGCCAUAGCACAGAGUUUAAACACAUCACAGUCUCAGACGGUGCCAGUGAUCAAUAGCGUGGCGGGCAGCCUCGCAGCACUGCAGCCAGUGCAGUUUUCCCAGCAGCUCCACAGCCCCCACCAGCAGAGCCUGAUGCAGCAGUCCCCCAGCCACAUGAGCCAGCAGCCAUUCAUGGCUACUGUCACACACUCACACAUGUAUCCUCACAAGCAGGAGCCCCCACAAUAUUCCCACCCGUCACGUUUCCCCUCGGCCAUGGUGGUCACAGACGCCAACAGCAUCAGCACCCUCAGCUCCAUGUCCUCUAGCAAGACGGAUGCUCCUGUAAACAAGAUGGUGCAACUUGGGGGUCUCUCCUGGUGUCCUCUUCAAGCUUGGUGAGAGCAUCCUUGACUUCCUUGGUGCCCGGCAACCGGAGCACAUUUUUCCACCCUCUCACCACGGUAACCAUGACAACUCUUAAUAACCGGCAACGGCGCGCUGGAUGAUGAGUCAGUCAACAAACAAGAGGAGUGACGACGACGGAGGGCCAGGCGGUGAAAAUGAGAAAUGGGGACAGAGAAGGAAAACAAACCAAGAAAAAAACAAACCAAAAAAAAAAAAAAAGCCACUGCACCUGAAAGUGAAGAGACCGGAUUCCACUUCCCCCUCUGUCACACACAUGAUCAACAAGGAUGUAUGAUUUUAACACAAUCUUUGAAAACAGUAUUCAAUCUUUCACAACCUACCCCCUCUUUUUUUUAGAAAAAUGUACUGUCCUCCUCUUUUGUGACAUUACAAAGGAACAAAAACCAAACAGCAAAAACUGCUCAUGAACUGCGUGGACCUGAAUGAAGGCUCUGGGACAACUUAUAUUACACUGUGAUUUAAGGUGGAAAUAUGAAGAUACACUGAGACAGCCUCUGUGAAACUUCAAGGACCUAAGUGAAGGCGAUUCACUCACUCACACAAAGUACCUGGAUGCCUUUGCAUGUGAGCAGAACUGUGUGACAAUCACAAUAACCUGUGCUGAUCUUGUGUAUGCAUUUGACAUUCUUACUGAGUUUUUAAGGAGUCUUCCAUGUUAUUCUCUCACACUCAGUUUAAUGUACUAGCAUUAGUGCAGGCGAUGAAUGUCGUCUGUCCCUGAAGGGAUUCAUCAUUUCGAGUUGUUCAAUGUGUAUACUGUGAUUGAAAAAGACUUUGACAAUCUUGAAAGGACUAUGCAAUGUGUCUAUAGUUGUAUGCAAUGCUUUGUAUAGCUGGAUUCUGCACAGAACUCCACACACUUGAGACUGGAAAUGAAUAUGCACUAUCAGUGAAGUCACCAACAAUUACUAUACUAUACUGGAGUUGCUGUUGAUAAAGCUGCCUGUAUAAAUAACACAAAAGCAGACAGAUGGAUGUGUGACAAAUACGCAUAAUGUAGGUGCAACUUCAACUUGUCACCAUGUCUCAAAAGCUAGCCUGCCAUAUCUUUAAAUCUGAUCUUGCCUUGUGGGAGAGGACUGACUCACACACUUUAAAUGUGGCCCUUCCCCUUCAUGGAAACCUCUGGCAUUUGUUUGCACACGGGUUCAGGUGAAUUUCAGGAAUGGGACUCUCCCUCCUCCUCCCUCUCCUGCUUCCUGCCAGAAUGUGAAGAAAUAGGACAAAUAUUAUCAAUAACUCCUCAUCUCAAAUCAUGGCACAGGACCCCCACAGUGUAGAAUGAAAAAUAUUGACAGGUAUUCAGAAAGAAAACAGUCAUCUUCAGUGUGGUAUUUUGUGAGGGAGAGAGACAUGACAGAGGAUAAUGUUGUGACAGCAGCUGCUCUAAUCUUAGAGGCAUCCACAAAGACUGAGAAAUGUUGGGGAGAGGAGCAGCUGCUGUGGGUACAGACGCUGCCACACUGACAGUAUUAAGGUGAAGCGAAGUGAACUUUCAUCCUGCGUCUUUCGCACGAAUUUGACCUCUGACACUGAAUGUGUUUAUUUGUCCCAAAUAAUGUUGCCAGACGGGGCAGUUGGCUGAUUUUUUCAUUAACUUAAAUUAGCAGAUAGAAAACGAUUUGGGAUUAUGGAUUGGUAUAAAUUGGCCUACUUUUUAUACCAUGCACAUAGCAUACAUACACCAGGCUACAUUUUUUACGAUAACGGGGUAGGUUGUAGGCCCUGAUUGUGGUACUUUUUGUAUGGACUGUAGAGUUCACCUGAAUAGUUCACUUCAAGUUCUGUCAGAACACAGUGGGAAAGUUUGAAAUACCAAAUUUGGCAUAAAUAAUAUGUUUUCUUUUCACCACAACUACCCAGAGAGACAAAAAGGCCAUUUUUGACUAUCAGACCCUGCAUAUCAUAAGUGUGGCAGAUCCAGUCUCCUAUUCAAUAUUAGGUCAUUACAUUGUUGUUGUUAUUAUGUUGGUUGGUUUGUGACUGUUAUAGGCACAUCUAUUGCCAUCUGAUCAGAGGGCACUCAUACUUAUGUGGAAGGACAUGAUUUUUUUCCCUCCUAAUGUAUUAUUUUUGUAUAAAAUUGAAAUCAAUCAUAAAUCAUUAUUUAUACUUUCUGAGAAAAUAUUGAUAUUCCAAGUAAAAGUUUUUUUUUCCCAAAAUGAA